UUCACUUUAGGAUCGGUGCGUCGUGUGAUGUCAUUGUGUACGUACGCGACUGUUGGUGACGUUAAAAAGAUAAUUCGGGUCGUCGAUCCUCGUGUAUUUCGCGUGAGAACAGCUAGAAAAGAAUAAGAGAAAAAUGUCAGAGAUUGACGCGAAAGUGAACAUGUCGCUCGAUGAGAUCAUAAAAAUGGAGAAAAAGGAGAAAAAGAAAAAGGCUGGGACUGCCAAUGGAAAAACUGGCGCGAAACGCGCGCAAAGCAGCGCAAGAGGACGGAGUGGCGGACUAAGGGGUAGAGGAGCGAGAGUUAAGCGUAACAUCGGCACUGUUAAGAAAGACCAAGCGUGGCAACCUGGACAACAUAAUAACAAUGUCCGCGGCGGUUUUGUAAGAAAACGAUACAAGAAAAACAAUGGUCUGGCUAGAUCACGAAGCAAUUUAACAUUGAAUCAGAAAUCCAAUGCACGAGGAGCAUUCAAUGUUCGUCGUGGUCGAGGCAACAGAUUCGGCCUGACUCGGAGUAGAAGUCGCACGAACUUGACAUUCACCCAAGGAGGAUUCUUCACCAAUAAUAAAACUCCAUUGAAGAGGACGAACAGUCUACCAAAUUUGCGGGACCCGACUUCGGUUCACAAUCGGUUGGGAUACCAGAGUCCUGCUCAAAUUGCUUACAGAAAUCGUGUCAAGAGAGCUAAACAGUUGUUGCUGCAAAGACAAAAUCAGAGAUUGUCUCUACAAAAUCAGUUCAGAGUACCACAAGCCGGAAAGUCUUUGUUAUCGCUUCAACAAAGAAGCGCUAUAGACAGAAGACAACAAAUAUUAACAUCUCAGCGUCGUUUCACUACCGGCGGUUUGCGUUCAGAUCAGAUUGCCAGAGCACAAAGACGUGCACAAUACGAGCAAAAAUUGAUGCGAAUAAAUUCCCCGCGAUUAAGUGCUAAUUCAAACGUGAACUUCAUGUGUACCUUGGGAAAUGAUUAUACUCCUGGCACGCAUCAACGUCCACUCCCUCUUGUACCAGCCCGAAAUGGAAGUGCUGUGAGCAGCUUGCGCCAACUACCAAGAGGACGUUCACCAUUCAGACAAAGUGUACAAAGUUUAAAUAUGGUCGGUCGGUCGCCACUCUUUGGUCGACAACGUUCGAGGUCCAGAUCACGUUCCCGUUCUCGUACACGCAACGCCCCUUCAUCGGACACUGGCGCGGAUGUCGAUGAUCGCACUUUUAGCGAAGUCAUGUAUAGUUUAUCCGGAAAUCUCGGCGUCACGGGGAGAACGCUGAACGAUAGAUUUAGUUUUUAAAUUUAACGAAAAGAUUUGUUUUGUAUUUAGAGUAUAAGACUGUUGAGAGGACAGAGAUGAAAGUUUUAUGCUUGAAACACAUAUAGAUACACGAGGAAUAAACUCUGUCUUAAAAAUUA